AUGUACAGCUCAACCCAAUCCCUCCUCCUCCCCUCCUCAUUAUCAUCCUCCACUCCUCCUCCUCCUCAUUGUCCUCCUCCACUCCUCCUCCUCGUUAUCACCCUUCACGUCUUCUCCUCCUCAUUAUCAUCCUCCACUCCUCCUCCUCCUCAUUAUCAUCCUCCACUCCUCCUCCUCCUCCUUGUCCUCCUCCACUCCUCCUCCUCCUUAUCACCCUUCACGUCUUCUCCCCCUCAUUAUCAUCCUCCACUCCUCCUCCUCUCCUCAUUAUCAUCCUUCCCUCCUCCUCCUCUGUCCUCCUCCACUCCUCCUCCUCCUUAUCACCCUUCACGUCUUCUCCCCUCCUCCUCCUCCUCCUCAUUAUCAUCCUCCCCUCCUCCUCCUCAUUAUCAUCCUUCCCUCCUCCUCCUCAUUAUCAUCCUCCACUCCUCCUCCUUCCCCGCAUUAUCAUCCUUCACUCCUUCUCCUCCUAAUUAUCAUCCUCCCAUCCUCCUUCUCUCCUUAGUAUCAUCCUCCACUCCUCCUCCUCCUCAUUAUCAUCCUUCAUUUCUCCUCCUCCUCUCCUCCUCCUUCUUUUGA